CAGGUGGCUCAGCAUUGAGACUGACGCGUGUGCUCUAACUGGACCCAUUCCACAGUUAGUGAUGUGUUGUAAGUCAGGGUGGGUGGCUCCAGGCCUGGAGGUUUGGUCUCCUGUAACCUGUAGAUGUGUCUCCACUUCCACACACCUGAGUCUCCUUACAAGGUCGUCAGCAGGUGAACCUGCUGAUUGAAGCGUGUUGGAUCAGGGAGACACUAAGCUGCAGGACGCCGGCCCUCCGUUGUUCUAAGUGAUGACCUGCAUGGCGUUGCGUUGCAGGCGAGCAGCAGCCGUCGCAGGACGAUGGUGCGGCGGACAUGGCGGCCCUGCUGGUGGAUCGGGACGUGCAAAUCCUGAACCACAUCCUGGACGACGUGGAGUUCUUUGUGACCAAACUGCAGAAGGCGGCCGAGGCGUUCAGCGAGCUGAGCAGGAGGAAGAAGGGCAAGAAGGGCAAGAAGAAAGGGCCGGGAGAGGGCGUCCUGUCCCUCAGGUCCAAGCCUCCCAGUGAAGAAGAGUUUGUGGACUGUCUGCAGAAGUUCAAACAUGCCUUCAACCAACUGGCGAAGCUGAAGGACCACAUUCAGAACCCCAGUGCCGUGGAUUUGGUCCAUUUCCUGUUUACGCCACUCAGGAUGGUGGUCCAGGCGUCCGGUGGUACCGAGCUGGCCCGGAGCGUCCUGGUUCCGCUGCUCAGCAGAGACGCCAUCGAGUUCCUUCACGCCGCAGGAACGGCCGAGGAGCGCCACCUGUGGGUGACUCUGGGUGACGGCUGGACCAAGUGCAGGCUGGAGUGGCCGAAAGACCACUUCUUCCCCCAGGUGGCGCUGCGGUUCCGGGACGGCUGGGAGCCCCCGGUGGUUCCGGCUGUGGCUCCGGGUCGGGAGCAGGAACUCCUGCAGCUGGCCGAGAGCCUGGUGAAUGCCGACGCCCGCGGUGCGGCCGACCUGCGGCCGUGUCUGGAGCAGGGGGCGCUGCAGCGGUUUCCUCUGGCUGACGGGUACGCUCUCCAUAACUCCGCCUACAAAGGCUUCCAGGUCCUGGACCAGAACACGGCCGUGGCUGCUUUCAAACACGCCGUCAGCCGCCGUGUGGACCGGAGUUUGGACGCGCAGAUCCGACUGGAUCAGAACCUCUUUGCCAAAUCAAAGUACGACUUUGUGGCAAGGAACAACACGGAGCUGUCGGUUCUGAAAGACGAACUCCUCGAGGUUCUGGAUGACCGGAAGCAGUGGUGGAAGGUCCGGAACGGUGCCGGCGCCGCCGGCUACGUGCCAAACAACAUCCUGGAACUGACCAGAUCCUCGGACCUGACCGGCCGUGGAGACCCGGUCUACAGCCACACCAUCCAGCUCAUGAUGCCAAAGAAGGAGUUUGAGUUGUUUAAGCAGCAGUUACUGGGAGAGUUAAACGAGAAACAGACCGCAAAGUCUGACCCACCUCCUGAUAAACCUCAGAUGUCCGAGGUCCCGUCGCCGCCCGCUCCCAACCGGCUCCCCACUCCGCCACUUCCUCCCCCUGCCGCAGAACCUGGCAAACCGAGCAGCGCCGCGCUCAGCC